AUGGAUUCAUCCUCCGAAAGCAACGCAGCAGCAACGGUGGAUAGACUCCUUACUCAACGUUUUGCGGCACGCUACUACCUCCCGACCCCCAUACCGCGCGAAGUCAUCGAAGACAUCGUCAACGCGGCCAACAGUGUCCCAUCUGGGUUCAACCUACAGCCUUGGAAUGUCUAUGCAAUGUCUGGAACAGCUAAGGAUAACCUAAUCGCCGAAAUGCUAGCAGCACAUGCGAGCCAUACUCCUUCGACAGCCCAGUUUGACAGCGCCUCACUGAACAUACCACAAUCUUUCGAAGACCGACGAAGGGACUUCCGAAAUAUCUUCUAUGAAGCGCAAGGUGUGCGAAGAGGGGACACAGAAGCUAAGAAUGCCGCCGAGGCCCGUAAUUUUACCUUCUUCGAUGCCCCAGUAGCGCUCAUAUUCACGAUAAACCGGCAACUUAACGCAGCUGCGUGGCUUGACCUGGGCGCAUUCGUGCAAGGGAUUACAAUGGGAGUCCGAGCUCGUGGGCUUGAAUGCGUCCCUAUGCUCAGCAUACCGCGCUACGAUGCGAUUAUCCGAAAGCACUUUGAUAUCCCAGCGGACGAUAUCGUCGCUAUUGGAAUGGCUGUAGGAUUUGCCGACCAUGAAAAGAUACAGAAGUACUAUGUACGACCCGCCAAGAGGCCGCUUGACGACGUUCUACACCUAAGCGGAUUUCCCUAA